GAAUGGCAUGAAGAAUCAUGUCUUGUAAUAUAUCUCAGCACUUUGAAAUCUUCAACGGUAUAAAAUAAACAAAGAUAUGAAAAUCAGAAUGACAAAGGCACGUUGUGUUAUUUUUUGCUGUUGAUUGAUGCUGUUCUAAAGAAUCUAAACUAUUAAUUGGACCCACAGUAUGCCCAUUUCGGUUCAUAACACAACCUCCGACAUGGUUUCUUAAUUGCAGUGGCCAUGAUUAUGACGAUGCUUCACUACCCAAUUCAUGUCCCAUUAAUGAUCUCUUUGCAAGAAGCAUCGACAGAGACUGAUGGGAUUCUGACAGAUAUGGGCGAGGGAAUGAUUGAUGAAGACAAAUCUUUAGCUCUAACUCCUACAUGGGCUCCGGCUACCGUGAUCACAUUCAUGGUCAUUCUUGGUUUCUUCUUUCAAGUCGCUUUGAAAAGAUGUUGGAAGUGGCUGGAUAAGACUAAGAGGAAACCCCUGCUUUCAGCUCUUGACAAAAUUAAAGAUGAGCUGAUGGUUUUUGGGGUGCUUUCAUUGCUGAUGGGUCAUUGGGUUGUGGUUGUGGCAAAGAUUUGUGUCAAAACAUCAACUGUUAGCAGCAGAUUUUUUCCGUGUGCAGUAAAUGAUGUUAUGCGAUUCAAACAAAGCAUUCAUGAUAUGAGUUCAAGUAAUGCUAAUCAUUCUAAUCCUAAAGAUGAGACAUACACCUUGGUAGAUAGUCAUCAUAAUUGCCCCAAGGGUCAUGAGUCUUUUGCUUCACAAGAAAGUCUUGAGCAGCUCCACAGAUUGAUGUUUGUUCUGGGUGUUGUCCAUGUUCUGUAUAGCUUUAUCGUUGUUGCACUGGCCAUGAUUAAGAUCUACAGCUGGAAAUUUUGGGAAAAGCAAGCCAAGACUAUGGCUGCUGAAUCCGAGAGCACACAAGGAUCGUUAGGUUCUUCUUCAUUUGUAUUUCACAAUAGAAGAAUGACACGACUAAAUACCUUCAUUUCUCACCGUACAUCGCAUCCAUGGAGUCAAAAUAAAGCUCUUGUCUGGCUGCUUUGUUUCAGCCGCCAGUUCUGGAGUUCUAUAAACUACUCUGACUACAUGGCUUUGCGCUAUGGAUUUAUCACCACACAUGAACUCCCCUUGACAUAUGAUUUCCAUAAUUAUAUUCUUCGGAGCAUGGAGGAAGAAUUCCGUGAUGUUGUUGGCAUUAGCUUACCUCUUUGGGUUUAUGCGAUUUGUUGCAUUUUUCUAGAUUUCCAUGAAACUUAUAUUUACUUUUGGCUCUCCUUUCUCCCGGCCAUUUUAAUUCUACUAAUAGGCACCAAACUUCACCGGGUAGUUGUCAAGUUGGCUGUUGAAAUCACGGAUCCAGUUCCAAGAACAGGAAAUCAUCCAUUAAACCUAAGGGAUGAGUUGUUUUGGUUUGGAAAGCCUAAACUUCUUUUGUGGUUAAUCCAGUUAAUAUCAUUUCAGAAUGCUUUUGAGAUGGCAGCAUUCUUAUGGUCCAUGUGGGAAAUCAGAGAUUCUUCCUGCUUCAUGGACAAUGAAUGGUUCGCUGCAGUCCGCUUAGUAUUCGGGGUACUCUCUCAAUUCUGGUGCAGCUUCAUCACAUUCCCACUAUAUAUUAUCAUAACCCAGAUGGAUGCUAAGUUCAAGAAAACUGUAGUUUCCGAAAGCAUAAGGAAAUCGGUACACAGAUGGAAAAGGAGAGUGAAGGCGAGGCAUAGUUCUGCGAGUGUCCGAGGUUUAUCAACUACUACAUCCUCAAUUUCAAUGGCAUAUACUGAGAAAAGCGACAAGUUUGCUUCGGGCAGCACUCAAAGAUGCACAUCAGGAGUUGCUAAUGCACCGUCUUAUCAAGACGCCUCUUGUCCAGAGGCUAAUACAAGUGCAUCUCCAAACAAUGGCGGCCACAAUUGAUGACCCUGAAUUCAUCAGACGUCACAUGGAUUACUCUCUCUACAUCAAAGAAGAUGCUCUCUACAAAUCAGACCGGGGACUUCAAAAGUGGCAAGCUUUCCAGGCUUACUGCCACCCCCUCCAUUCCUGUAACUUUCUACCUCGUUUCGACAAUGCCUUCUUCGUCGGUUCUUGCCAUGGUUUGCUUUGCCUAAUAGACAAAUAUUCUAAAGCUGUUUUUAUAUUCAAUCCCUCAACUCGACUCAGCUCUGCAUUUCAGGUACUUUGCCCGACGAGUUCUUUACUAAUUGGCUUUCUCUUUAUGCCUAUGGUUUUGGGUACGAUAAUAUUACUGAUGAUUAUAA